AAUACAAAGUUAAUUUAAAAAGGCUUUGGAAAGCCGUGUCGUUCGGCGAGGGCAGAAUCGGUUCAGAAUAUUGGUUAAGUCUAUAAGAAAAAUUCAGCCCAGCGUCAUACACUGAGGAAAGUAUCGUAUCAGACUCAACGUUGAUCUAACUGGUGUUACAUAUCUGUGGUGCCUCAAGUCACUGGUCCACCCUAGCAUCAAGUCUUGGGUGUAACACACAACUCUGAGCCCAGACUGCCAUAUGAUGGGGUCAUUCAAGCAGAGAAAUAUAGAGUCUGGCCACCAUGACCUGAUCAACGACGUGGCGUUCGACUUUUAUGGGCGGCGCCUGGCCACCUGCUCCAGCGACCACACAGUGAAGGUGUGGGACCAGGGUGAGGACGGUCAGUGGCACUGCUCGUGCAAGUGGAAAGCUCACUCGGGCGCCGUGUGGAAGGUGACCUGGGCGCACCCGGAGUUCGGCCAGGUGCUGGCCACGUGCUCGUUCGACCGCACGGCCGCUGUCUGGGAGGAGAUCGUGAGCGAUGCCUCCAGCGACCACCAUCAGAACACGUGGAUCCGGCGCGCGCCGCUGGUGGACUCGCGCACUUCGGUGGCCGACGUCCGCUUCUCGCCGCGCUACAUGGGCCUCCAGCUGGCCACCGUGUCGGCCGACGGCGUAAUCCGCAUCUACGAAGCCAUGGACGUGAUGAACCUGAGCACGUGGUCGCUUGAGCACGAACUCAGCAUGCGCUGCGCCGGCUCGUGCAUCAGCUGGUCGCCGGCGCCGUCGGGGCUCUCGCAGCUGCUGGCCGCCGGCUCCGAGGAGCAGGUGGGCGCCGCCAACCCGCACACGGGCGGCGCCAAGGUGCUCGUGUUCGAGUACAGCAAGGGUGCGCGCAAGUGGAGCAAGGUGCAGAACCUGACGGCCAUCACCGACAAGGUGCACGACAUCGCGUUCGCGCCCAACAUGGGCCGCUCGUUCCACGUGCUCGGCAUCGCGUCGACGGCAGUGCGGAUCGUGGCGCUGGCGCCGCCGGCGGCCGACAACGGCGGUGGCGGCGGGGCGUACGAGGUGCGCGAGCUGGCGCGGCUCGAGGACCACAGGUCGGUGGUUUGGCGCGUGGCCUGGAGCAUCACCGGCACCAUUCUGGGCUCGUCCGGCGACGACGGUUGCGUCCGACUUUGGAAAGCCAACUACCUGAACCACUGGAAGUGCAUCUGCAAGCUGCUGGCCGACAACUCGGCCGCGGCCGACCGCGAGGCGGACGGUGCCGCGGCCCCGAACGCCUCCGGUAACGCCCUCUCCACGGCCAAGUACUACAAGCUGGGCGCCAUCAAACGCCCCAACGAGGUAGCGUGGCACUGACGCUCGUGCUGGGCCCGCCGCGCUCCGCCCUGCCGCUGCCGGUAGCCGGGUCCUGGCGGGGUCUGGGCGGUCUCUGCGGUCCAGCUGCCGCAUGCGAAGUGGACACGCCGCCCGGUCUCACCGUGCGCUCAAGUUCGCGGUGCUCCCGCGGCCCGUCACGCUGAUGGCGCGGUGUUGUCGCCGCGACGCCUCGGCACCGGCGUAAGGGCGAGUUGUGAAACGCCGCUGGUCUCAAGAUGAGGAUCCUGGUAUUGACUGAGGCCGUGUUUGAAAGGUGCGGAGUGCCGACGAGUGUUCGGUUGAGGUGGUGCUAGUAUACGCUAGUAUUUCGGCCGUGCCGCAACUUCCCGCAAGUCGGCGGAGCAGGGCUCCUCCAAUGGCCCUGAUAUAUAUGCGGGGAUUCACAUCAUCAAUUAAAUACAUAUAAAAUAUGGUGCA